AUGCGGUCGCUCCUUUCGGUAUUGGUGUUUGUGCUUGCGGCCGUGGUGUCGGCCAUCAGCACAUCCGGCAACAGGCUGCUGGUGAUCCUGGACGAUGUCGCUGAGAAAGAGAGCUACUCCAAGUUCCUGGGCGAUCUCGAGAGCAGGGGAUUCCAGCUCUCGUUUGAGAACCCCAAGAGCGAAUCGCUAGCCCUGUUCCGUCUCGGCGAACGCUCAUACGACCACAUCCUCUUCUUCCCAACCAAGACGAAGGGCCUCGGCCCCAAUCUGACGCCCAACCUCCUCGUCGACUUCCUCAACGCCAAGGGCAACAUCCUCGUGACCCUCAGCUCCGGUGUCGCGGCACCCAACUCCCUCGUCUCCCUCCUCGCCGAGCUCGACAUCCAACUCCCCGCCGACCGCACCGGUCUCGUGGUGGACCACUUCAACUAUGACGCCUCCAGCGCCGCCGACAUGCACGACGUGCUGCUCCUCCCACCACCAACCCGCAUCCGCCCGGACGUGAAGGACUUCUUCGGCGCUGGCGCCGGCCAGGACGAGGUCCUCGUCUUCCCGCGAGGUGUCGGCGCGUCGCUCGGCGCCAGCGAACUCCUCACGCCCAUCCUGCGCGCCCCACGCACCGCCUACAGCUACAACCCCAAGGAACAAGGCGAAGUGGUGGACGACCUCUUCGCGGCCGGCGAGCAGCUGGCGCUUGUCUCGGCCUUCCAGGCGCGCAACUCUGCGCGUCUCACACUUGUUGGCUCCGCCGAGAUGCUGCAGGACAAGUGUUUCGAGGCCAGCGAGGUGAGCAAGGCGGACGGCAAGAAGGUCGCCGGGACGUUCAACAGGGAGUUUGCGAAGCGCGUGAGCGGGUGGACGUUCAACGAGAUCGGCGUGCUACGGGUCAACUGGAUCGAGCAUCACCUGGAGGAAGCCGGGGCGACCAAUGAGUCCAACCCCAAGAUCUACCGCAUCAAGAACGACGUCAAAUACACAAUCUCCCUGUCAGAGUACGCCUGGAACGCCUGGAAGCCCUUCGCGGUGCCCGAUAGCGACGCCCUGCAGCUCGAGUUCUCCAUGCUCUCCCCCUUCCACCGCCUGCCGCUCACUCUCGACGCCACCCACUCUUCCGACACGGCGGCCGCCUACAGCGUAUUGUUCAAGCUGCCCGACCAGCAUGGCAUCUUCAACUUCAAGGUCAACUACAAGCGGCCCUUCCUGUCCAACGUCGAGGAGAAGAACACGGUGUCGGUCCGGCACAUGGCACACAACGAAUGGCCCCGCAGUUUUGUCAUCAGCGGUGCGUGGCCGUGGAUUGCGGGUGUUGGCGUCACCGUGACGGGCUGGCUAGCCUUCUGCGCCUUGUGGAUGUUUAGCGCGCCGGUCGGAGCGAAGAGGGAGACGAAGAAGACUCAGUAA